GUAGUAAGUACGUAUCCCAUUAUCUUAACUAUAGAGGAGAGAUACGGCGACAGAUCACAUUCAGUAACAAUUUGAAUAGUGACUGAACAGGACCGCCGGAUCGGUUCAAUCGUUAUUAGAACAUGCCAUUGAGAUGCGUGCUUUCGUCUGGGGUUCUAUCGUUGCUGCUGAUAGGAAUCCAGGGCGCGAUCGUCGUCGGAUCCAGUCGCGGAGAUACGGGAAUAGUUCCACCCAUCUAUCGUUACGAUGAUUUCAAAAUGUGCCGCCAGAUUAACUCGCCGGGAGUGUUUUGCUACGUUCGGAUAGUGUUAGAAUCCAAAGACGAUCCUAUUGACACUUCUAGUAAAAUUGUUGCGAGCUAUCGACGGAAUCAACUGGAUUGGGGAAUGUGCGUUGCGGACUGCCAGAGGGAGGUGGCACUUCUUGAUGAACGGGAACGGCAGCGAUUGUUUCAGCCCAAGAUCGAAGUGAACUUUACGUACUUUCUGCACAUGGAGGUGAUCCGUGACCAGCUCAACGAAUACAAUUCAAAGUACGGUAAGCUGAUCAACAUAUGCGUCAACAAUCGCUUGGAGCGCGAUCACCAAGUCUACCAGCACGGUUAUUCGCAGAUCGAGCACUGCGUCACAAAUGAUCCCUUGGUGGUUCGCAGCGAGUUCGACUGGCUGACGGUGGUAUUCGUCGCAAUCACUGUAACGUUGGUAGGUACCGUUCUGGGAGCAACUGCCAUCGAAUGGCUGGGGAGUUCGCAGAGCAAAGAUCACGUAAUCGUUUCAGCCUUUUCGGUACGCCGCAAUUGGACGCGCUUCAUCGAAGUCAAUAAAUCCGAGAGUUAUAAAGAUUUUGGCUACAUUGACGGCCUCCGUGUAUUCGUCAACAUCUACGUGCUUUCAGUUCACUGUUUUAUGGUGUACGGUGCGGUACCCAGUAGCAAUCCGGAAUUUAUCGAGGGUCUUCUUCAGUAUCGAUCGAUCCUUAAUUUUGGAGCGACUGCACCCAUCACGGUUCAGAUAUUCUUCGUCAUCAGUGGAAUGCUGUUGAUGGUGAACUACUUGAAGGACAUCGAACACAAACCGCAGAUCGGCUUCGACUAUUUCCGGACGAAGAUCGCUAACCGAUGGGUUCGGCUGCUUCCGGUGUAUCAUUUCUUCCUGUUGAUGACCGUGGUGGGACAUGCACUUCCUGGGCUCGAGCUAGGGCCUAUUGGAUACACGGCGUUGAUCACCGAACGCAACGUAUGCAGGGAACGGGGCUGGGAAAAUAUGCUGUUCGUGAGCAACCUUCCUUUCAGCCUAGUCCCAUGCUUUCUUCAGGGAUGGUACUUGGGUGCUGAGCAACAGUUAUUCUUGGGCGCAAUGCUGGUGCUGGCAUUGAUCUGGAAGUACCCCAGGAGCAUCAAACCCAUAUUGGUGGCAUUACUGGUGAUAUCAAAUGUUGUUACACUCGGUAUAAUUUACAAACUUAGAUUGGAACCCGUCUUACCUACGAAAUUGAGUGAGAUGAAGUUAUUGUUUUCGUUUGAAAAGUGGUUCGUCCAAAUCUACCAGCCAUCGUACACCAAUGCGAAUAGCUACAUCAGCGGGUUAAUCACCGGAUACCUCUACCAUGAAGCGAAACGUGGACGGCUCAGCCUUGACGAGUCCAAACUGUACAGCGUUCUCCGGAGAGUUACUGUUCCCCUUACUGCCAUUGGAUUGCUGUUACCAUGCCUGUUUUACGAACAUGGCUUUACUCGAGCUUCUUUUACAGUUCUACUGUUUACAUUUAUUUAUCGCAACUAUGGAGCUCUUGCCUUGUGUAUGUGUUUUAUCUACUGCUUCAGAACUCGACCAGGUUUGAUCCGACGAUUUCUGGCCUCUCGGCUGAUGACCACCCUGGGUAAACUGUCCUACAGUGUGUACGUGCUGCACGUUCCUCUGCUGAGGCUAAUGCUGAACUACGCUCCUAGCAUACUGGAGACGAGCUUAACAAGCAUCGGAUUGCUUCUGCUGCGACUGACUAUCCUUUCGUACAUCUUCGGAUUGGUGGUGUACUUUGUCCUUGAACAACCAAUGUACUUAGUGCUGAAACAUUACCUUUUGGAACGAUCAUCGGGAAAAGCUAAGAAAGUGACGUGAAAAAAAUAGUGUGUUUUAGGUGAUUUUGUGUAUUAUGUGAUUGUUGAAUAAAAUCAAAUUAAGUAACUGUUUA